AUUAUUUCUUAUUUUGGGACUGGAGAAAUUUCAAAUUUUCGCAUCAUCAUUCUUCUUCGGUCGAGGGCUAGCUUUUGAACCUCUCUUCAUCGGCUUUUAGCGAAUAAACCUCUCUGCUCAUUCUCCCGCGAAGCAGAGCUCUCUCUCUCCCUCUCCCUGUGUACUUGUAUAUGUAUAAUAUAAAAAUGGCGGCUCUUAAGAAGAUACUUGGCUCAAGACCUUGUUUAUCCCACUCUUCUCUUCUUCAUCCAGCUCUUCUAAUCUGUAGCAGAGGAAUCACUUCUAAGCUCUUUGUUGGAGGACUUCCGUUUUACACUAAUGAGAAGGGAUUAUCAGAGGCAUUUUCCCAACAUGGUCAAGUUAUUGAAGCUAAAAUUGUAAUGGACAGAGUGUCUGACAAAUCAAAAGGGUUCGGAUUUGUAACUUUUGCUUCAGAAGAUGAAGCACAAAAAGCUCUAACAGAGAUGAAUGGAAAGGAGCUAAAUGGACGAGUUAUUUUUGUGGACUAUGCAAAGCCCAAAGCUGAUUUUGGUGGAGGAAUGCCAAUAGCAAGGGGACCUCCUAAACCAGCACCUUCAAUUGGCCAGGACGAAUUAGAGAUAAUAUGAGUUUGAAUUUGCUCUUCCAUUAAAAAGUUUCAACAAAUUCUACUAAUUAUGCACAGAACCUCUCACAACUUCCACCUGAAAUAUCACUUUGAGAAAAAAUACGUCCAACUUUUUUAAUGCUGAUCAUGCAUCUUUUCGUCCCUUUCUUUUUUCCAAAAGCAAAAAUUUUGUUGACUUUGUACCGUUAUAUUAAUUUUUGUUCAUCUUUCAUAUGGACCCUUGUGGGUAUGAAGUUUAUGUCAGUGGACGAAAAUAUUAUGUUUACAAAGAACUACAUAAUUACUAGAUAUGAUUCAAUAUCUAUUGUGACA